UUGGAGUUCCCCCCCAACCCCCCACCACCCGGACACCGCGGCUCUCCCGUCGUUUGUGAAAAUGAGGCUAAACCAACUCAAGCAGCAGGUCUGUUCUGCAGUGUGAUCUUCAAGAAAUAAACGGAGCGAGUUUCUCGAAAAUUUCUGACAGAAAAUGGAGUCUCACAAUGACGACACGUCGGAGAGUGAAAAUAAAGCGAUUUCUAUUGCUUCUGGAAACAAUACCGAUAAAGAAACAAAUGCUGCCAAUUAUCUACAUUCAUGGGAGUUUGAAAGAAACCUCAUUGAUCUUCUGAAUGGGAUCACUGAGGAAACAUGUGAAGACCAGAAGCACAUUGAUGAAUCUAUUAUUUACGGGGGGUGGGAAGAUGCAACACAAGGCUGGGGAAGGGCUCCACCCUAUUCCUGUAUUUUUCCUCCAAAGAAAACAAGGAAACCAAAACCAACUGAGCCUCAGGGCAGCCAUUGUGUGCUCUGUGUAGAUAUGGUACAAGUCUCAGAAAGUAGUGCGCAAGGAGAUGAUUCACCAGCCGAAUGCGCUGAGCUCUCAUCCAUGUCAAUCACUGAGAGUUGUAGUUUAACAGGGAAGAAUACCAACUCUCUGCCAAUAGAGAGCACUUUAAUUCGUGGUUUACGAAGCAAGAUACAUACCCACAACUCCAGAAAUUCAGAGAAACAAAUACAUGAAAUAACUCGGGAAAUCAGCGCCCGAGACAACACAGAGACCAAGGUCAACGGAGCAGGUAGAACAGAGUUUGACAUAAAUUGCACCAAAUCUCAGCAGAUCCUGAUAAAUGAACCUAGUCAACUAGAGGGACUGCCUUUAAAUACCUUCCCUGUGCUUCCACCUGUCAUUGCCACAGCUGCUGAAACUUCCUCGGAUUACAAACCUGGAGAUGCCCCUCAUAACAGCGUACAAAGCAACAACCAACAAUUGCAAAUUAUCAACAGAGCGACCGAGGGCAAGGAGGAUUCUCUGCACGGGAGACACCUUGUUUCUAAUGUGAACAAUGAGCUGGUCAGAAGGCCUCAAAGACCACUUGGUUCCUUUCCUUUCAAGAUCUCAAGGACUUCCUUACUGCAUAGCAAAGAACACUGGUGCUGGCAAUAUUCACUUUCGUCUGGAAAACCCAACUUGAUCAAGGCCAGUGGUCAGACUUCCAAAAGAAUGGAUAACCAUUGCAUCAGGGGGUACCCUUCAAGAGGAGCAAAGACCAACCCCAAAAACCUAAAGCAAGAGGACUUCAGCAGAUCUGGUUCGAGUCACAAUAACCUAAAUAAUAAACAUUUAGGUCGAGCAAGACAACGGAAUACAGGAGGGGAAGCUCUCCUUCCUGUGCUCCCACUGCCAGCCCCACCCUACCUAUUGGGACUAGGAUGGGAAUCUCUUUAUUGCCACAUAGAUUGCUGUAAAUUCUGAGUCUUUUGAAGGCAAUUAGGGACAAGGAACCCUAACUAUUUCCUCAUUCAACGUCCUGUUCUGCCAGGAUCACAUAGGUCAAUUAUACUGCUGAUUGAGACUAGCUGAACCAUCGCGGAUCAGAGAACAAUCCUCCAACUGCUGUAUUGAACCUUUAACAAUCUUUAAAUAAAGAUCAAUAAUAA